AUGGCUUGGCCUUCAGUUUUAAUUCCAUUUGGUUAUAUUCCUGCAGGUCUAUUAUUUUUGACAGCUGGUGCAACUUUAGCUGCUGGAUUAACAAAUUCAGAACUCUGGCAAGCAACCAGUGUUGUAUGCUGUAUACUUCCAUUGAUAACCACUAUUGCUAUAGCGUGCACUACAUUACAACAAUAUGUGGAUACUUUUCCAAAAAAUUCAAGUAUUUUGAUUAUGGGAGUGAUUAGUUGUUUGACUUCACUUUUGUGCUUUAUUCAUGCUAUUCUAAUAUGUGUCAGUCAAUAUUUUUUUCCUUUAUCAUAA